AUGGAGGAGAUUGAGGAGGUAUGGAGUAGACUGCGGCUCAGUGAGGAAGAAAACACUCCGAUCGUAGUGAUUGAAGGACAGAAGGUUAGUGAUCGACGAAGGGGGGAACGGAGUUUAGUGGGGAAAAUAUGUACGAUAAGGAGAAUCGGGAAGCAGACAGUGAAAGGUUUAAUGGAGAAGAUCUGGAAGGUUAGUUUACCUUUGGACUUUGAAGAAAUUAGCCUGAAUUGUUUUGUUAUUACAUUUGCAAGCUCAAGGGAUAAAACGAGAGUUUUAGAGGGCUGUCCUUGGCUCUUUGAAAACUAUUUGUUUGUGUUAAGAGAUUAUGAUGGUGAGAUCCAGCCAAAUUUAAUGAACUUUGACUAUGAGAAGUUGUGGAUUCAAAUGCACAAUUUACCACUCGGUUAUAUGAAUAAAAGGAUGGGUGAGGAGAUUGGAAGCUCGAUUGGGAAGGUGACUGAGGUAGAUGUAGAUGAAGAGGGGUGGGCAUGGGGAAGAUGUUUGAGAGUUAGAAUAGAAUGUAACUUGAAAGCUCCAUUCGCUCGAGGUAGAACUGUCAAGGUAGCAAGAGGUUAG